UCAUCUGUCACACUGUGGUAGUGUUUGUUUACGCAGGGCGGAAGAAAUCGAUAGCCGUACUAGCAAAAAUCGGGAAGAUAUUCCUCCAUUUUUAGUGAUAAACUCUAACUAAAUGUGAUUGUGUGCGGUCUGGGACGAAAUCUGCAAACAUGAUUCAUCUUACCGGGCAAAAUUACUCCUCCAAGGAGAUUAUCCAAAACAUAUUUUCACCCAUGGUGGGAGCCAUCGUUUCACAGCAAGCGGAAGAACUGUGCCAGAAGAACAAUCUUUCGUUCGUGGAAAUGCUGCAACCGUUUCUGAAGCUCUCGUCCGACGCCCAUUUUCGCGACAUUGCCGGAACGAGCGUUUCGAUCAAGGGACUGCGGAUCAAUGUGGUGGACGUCAACUGGCGUCCGCCGCAAACGAUUCUGGCAAAGAAAAUGCUUAACGAAGCAGUCACUACGGCAGCUGGCGGUGAUAAGAUGAAAGCGAUCAAGCUUGACGAUGGUAGCUUCGUCGACAUUCCUGCGGCCGAACCGUGGUUCGAGCAAUGGCGAGAAACGUUUUUGACCGUCCAGUUUCCGGCGGACCACGAAUUUACGCGCCACUUGCUGUGCUCGUUGGUGGUGGUGUCAAGCAUUGAUCAGAAUCCAAUCGAAACAGCGAGCCAGUUGACGAAAAAGAUUCAAAAGAUGCAAAACGUUACGAUGCCCCAGCUGCCCAAGUGGUUCGCCAGCGAUGCGCUCAACUGUUACGUUAUGCUGCACGAUGGAUGCUCCGGUGAUAUUGGAAAGGCGCAGCAAGCUUUCGAGGGUUUGAAAUCGACCUACGGAGAGCACAAGUGUUUCUUGCUACAAAUUAACUCGCACGGCGGGCCACCGGCCGACUGUCCCGAUCCUUGGUUGCGCUAUUUGAAGAAACACCAACGGUCCGAACCGACCGCGGCGAGUGACAUCGACAGUGCGCCCAAAACCCCCCAGGAUAUGGGCUCGAUUACGGGAAUGCCCACGACCGUGGUUCAAUCGUCCAAUCUCCUGGUGCACGGUGGCGGUAUCGGUAGCAGCGGAAGCAGCGUUUCAUCCGAAACGCCACCGUCCGGGAUCGUGGUGGGGGAAGUGAUAGCGCAUCCGCUCAGCCCAGUACAGGAAACGGGGAUCGAGAUACAGGAAACGUCGAGCCUCACGUCGAGCAUAGACAGCUUGUCGCUGCAGACGAUAAACCCGAACGUAUGGCCGAUCGAGAGCGAUAUUGAAGUCGCCCACGGUUCCUUCCUGACGGCGGGUGAUUUGGACAAUUUGAAACAUUUCGUACAGGACUUCACCGUGCGUGCGUUGAUUCCGUACGUUGAGCGGUUGGUGGGCGUGCUGAAUGAUUCCAUAUCGAACAAAAAGGGUGUGAGCCGAUCGCUGCUAAGCGCCACGAAACGGUGGUUCGUCACGAACAAACCGGGCGUGAACACGAACCAGAAUGCGGUCGUCUACACGAACGAAUCGGCCGAACUGCAGACACGCAAGCUGGGCGAUCUGUACUUUAUGUUCAGCCACUAUUCGCUCGCAUUCCAGGCGUACCAUCAGGCCAAGCGGGACUUUAACGCGGACUCUGCGUGGCAGUAUUAUGCGGGCGCACUCGAGAUGGCAGCACUGGCCGCCCACAUGCAGGGCACGGCUAGCCGCAAAACGUACGAUUACAUGGAAGAAGCGAUACUGACGUACUUGAACAGCUGCAAGCUGCCACAGUUCGCUACCCGCGCUACCCUGCUGUCGAUGGAGUGCUUGCGAGCAGCGAAACAGUACAAUGAAGCGGCCAAGCAGCUGAUCCGCAUGACGAGCGAAGAUUCGGACCUGCGGUCGGCACUGCUGCUGGAGCAGGCGUCCUACUGCUUCCUGCUGGCCAAUCCGCCCCAGUAUCGCAAGUACGCACUGCACUGCGUGCUGGCCGGGCAUCGCUUUUCGAAGGUGGGCCAGCGCAAGCAUUCGUUCCGCACGUACAAGCAGGCGUACCAGGUGUUCGAAAACCGUGGGUGGAGCUUGGCCGAGGAUCACAUACAGUUCACGAUCGGGCGGCAAGCGUCCAACCUGAAGAAGCUGGACGAAGCGAGCAACUGCCUGGCGCAUCUGUUGCGCCCUUCCAGCAUGCAGACCGCGGCCCAGCAAACAUUGUUCCUGCGCGAGUAUCUCAGCACGAAGAGGGCACUCCAGUCGAAGGGUGGCGAAGGAGCGAACGACAUUCCCACGAUUGCGCUGCCAAAAAUCGUGCAGACCAUGACGAAGGUGCUCGUAACAUCGCCACCCCCGGUUUCGAACCCACUGCACAUUGCGGCCACCAAUAUCAAUAUUACGUCUGCUCCGACGGACGAACACGUGUGGAACAAAAUGGAGGAAAUGCUAGUGCAGAGCGCAUCCGAGCGUCCGGUGAUGGUGUUCCGGCCAUCGAAGUCACUGUUCUCUGCCGAUUCGCCCGCCACGGAAAAUCCUCGCUCCGUGCACGGCGAACCGAUCGAGGUGGCGUUUAACCUGGAGAACACCAUCAAACCGGCCGUGCUGUUCGAGAACAUUAAUCUUCUGUGGGAGUUCCGCAAAGAGUCGGGACAAAUCUUCUCCAACCGGCCGCUCUUCCUCGGUGACGUCAGCUUGGAGGAGCGAUCCGAGAUCGAAAAUGUGGUCGCAUCCAGCUUUGUGGCGGUGGUUACGUUCGGCGAGCACGAGACGAAAACGCUCGUGCUGAAGCUAACACCGCGCAGUACCGGGCAGCUGCGGAUACUGGGAAUCGUUGGAAAAAUAUCGGCCGCUCAGCCGACCGGCCCCGGGGAAGCGCCGUCGCUGUGGGGCAAGCAGCUGUUUGAGGCGCAACCGAUACGGGUUGGCAGUGUCGGUGGCAAGGAUGGGAACAAAGCGGCCGUUGCUGCCGCUUCGACGCCCGGGCCGUCGUUUGAUCGGAAGCUUGAGAUCGAAAUCUUACCGCCAGCACCGGCAUUGCACGUAAGCUUCAGCCGCGCACCGACGGAGGUGUUGGCGGGCGAGAUAAUUCCAAUCAAAAUGAACAUGACCAAUGCGGGCGUUAGUGUGCUGAACGACAUCUACGUUUGCAUCGAUAAUCCGCGGUACGUGCUGCUAAAUCCGAACGAAGCCGACAUACCGCUCUCGAUACGGCGCGACCUGCAGAACCUCGCCAAUGAGAACGUUGGACGGGACCGGGAAGCGCGCAAGCAGUACGUGUGCCGAGCGUUCCGAGAGACGGAUGGCAAUUUCAUUGCGCCGAACGAGACGAAAACGGCCACGCUGUGGUUGCAGGCACCGUACUCGAAGGGCCAGAAAGACGUCAAAUUGAUGAUUUACUACGCGAUGCCCCAGGACUAUCCGAAGAUGAAACACCGCCUCGUGCGUCACACGUGGAACUUUAACGUGAACGAUUCGCUGCUCGUGGAUGCUAACUGCAACAUGAGCAAUCCGACCAAGCGCGAGCUGGGCAUUGAUGUGAACGUGAAAAAUCUGAACCAAGUGCAUCAUCCGCUGAUGACGGAAAUCGUUAUGAACGAGCUGUUUCUGUACUGUUCUGCGUACGAGCUGCAGCAAAACCGAGUCGUUUACAUUAAAACACCUGGCUACGCUAGAUUGCAGGCCGGCGCGGGCCUGAAAACGAACGAAACCGUCAGUCUGCGCUGUAACCUGCAGCGGCGUCCGGCGGAGGUGACGUACGACGGAAAUUUCCAGCGCUACGUAUCUCAGAAGCUAUCCACCGUAUGCGUGCGGGAACCGGAACCGGCUGCGAAGGCCACCCUGCCCGCGCUCGAUGCUGUCGGCAGUUUUCUGCUAAAGAACGAAACCAAAUACAUACGGGUGUAUGAGCCGGGCAGCAACGAAGAAUUUAACCAGAUCGUCAAUCAACGCGACAGCCACAUGACGCUGUGCGUGAACUGGUCUGCAACGAUCAAUGACAACGGUGCAUCGCGCCAGGCGUUCGGACAACAUUUUGUGCAGCUGAGAAAUCUUUACGAUUCCGUGUACUGUCCACCAUCGGAACGCUUGCAGCAAAUCACGUUUACCGGCCAGUCGGAUGUGUAUGCAAUAUUUGAUGAUUUGGAAAAGGUGACACCGGUGGACAAUGACGAUGUUGAUAGCGGUUGGGGAGUUAAUCAAAGCUUCGUGGCACAGAGAUGCUUCCUAGAGGAAAGCUUCCACUCAGUAGAGCUGAGAGCAUAGAGUGUAGUGUUCCGAAAAUGUGGUAUUAAGGAUAUAUUUCGCGUUUAAUAAAGGUAUUUUAUAAUCCAUUGCUACCGCGCACGUUAUCAAACGUUCAGUGCGACAACACAAUGAACAUGGUAAAUUCCAUGUUCUUUUCUUUUAAAUAAAUGUUUGAAGGACAUCACCGAAA